AUGGUGGCAUCAUCCCUGGAAAGAGAUGGCAGCGGGAAUAACAGAUUCCGAGGAUGCACCAACAUUCGUGAUUUCGAGUUCCUAGGAAAGCUUGGGGAGGGUACUUUUGGAGAAGUUUAUAAAGCACGAUCAAAAAGGGACGGCUCCACUGUUGCCCUCAAAAAGAUUCUCAUGCACAAUGAAAAGGAUGGAUUUCCGAUCACUGCUCUGCGUGAAAUCAAGCUUCUUAAAAUGCUCGCCCAUAAUAAUAUCCUGCAGUUAAGGGAGAUGGCUGUGGAGCGAAGUAAAGGAGAGGGGCGAAAGAAGCCGAGCAUGUACAUGGUAACGCCCUAUAUGGAGCAUGAUCUUUCGGGACUACUGGAGAACCCGGCAAAUCGUAUCUUGCAUCGUGACAUGAAAGCUGCCAAUCUGCUCAUCAACAACAAAGGCAUACUUCAAAUUGCAGACUUUGGACUGGCCCGACCAUACGAUGAGGACCCACCUCAGCCUGGGAAGGGUGGAGGGGAGGCCAAGAGGGAUUACACCUCAUUAGUUGUGACUCGAUGGUAUCGCCCACCAGAAUUGCUUCUACAACUGAGACGGUACACCACGGCUAUAGACAUGUGGGGUGUCGGGUGUGUUUUUGGGGAAAUGUUCAAGGGAAAGCCUAUCCUUGCCGGUAGUAGCGACUUGAAUCAAGCUCAACUUAUAUUCAGUCUAGUGGGCGCGCCCACAGAGGAGAGCAUGCCUGGCUGGAGCUCUUUGCCCGGUUGCGAGGGCGUCAGAACCUUUGGUCACAAACCUGGGAAUUUGCACGAAGUCUUCAGAGACCAAAGCCCCGCUGCUAUUUCACUGCUUGGUGAGCUCCUCAAAUUGGACUGGCGGAAAAGGAUAACCGCUAUCGAUGCACUGGAGCAUCCAUACUUUUUCACUCCACCCCUCCCAGCUCGCCCGGGCGAGAUACCCCAUUUUGAAGAUUCACAUGAAUUGGAUAGAAGAAGGUUUCGUGGACAACGAGCGGCUAUGCCCCCAGCCCCCGCGGGCGGAUCAGUGGGCAUAGGGCAAAACGGAGGCUGGGCAACAAAUUCCGGAACCAGACCUGCAAUGGAAACCAAAAACAGCCGCAUUCCUGGCGCUGCACGCGUGGGCAAACCAAACUACGGAAACCAGGGCGGCCAUUCGAGGCGGUCUCUCGACCAUCGAAAUACUGAAGCCCACACAGCACGAGCAAGGCAGGGCACCGAGGUGGUUCCGCCCUGGCAAAGAGACAGUGGUCUCCCGCCUAAGCCUCCGACGUCUACUCACCAACCAUGGGCUGCAGUUCAUUCAAGUAGACCAGGACGUGAUAGCACUAUUCAUCCGGGACGAUUUGUGGGCCGGUCAGACGGGAAUCUAGACUCCUAUGUCCCCAGCUACCCAGGUGGCUUCGACAGUCGUAAUCGUGAGGGCGAGGGUACUACCUCAAAUAGCAACCUAGAUCGAGAUUGGGAUCGACGCAAUAGCAGGCAUGAAAUGUCACGUCCAAUAAACCGACGAGAUUAUCCGAGGGAAAACAAUCCCCCGAGAAGGCGAAGCCGAAGCCCAGCGUUCAGGGAAGGAUUCCAUACAUCUGAUAGACCAGCAUACCGAAGGUGA